AUGUCUGCCAGUGAUCCAAUGGAACCACAAGGAGAGCGCCUCAUGGUUGAGAUGGCGUCUACUGUAGAUGGGGAUGGAUGGUGGCGGCCAGUGGGCGUGCCGCUAGGAGACCGGCAGUUGUCACUCUGGGCCUCGUGCUGGGUGAGAUUGGGUAAAGUUUCUCUCUUCUUUGCUCUGUUGGACAUUCUGAACCCCGUCACCCUCCCUCACGUUUCCCUGGGCUGCUGCGGCCCAGUGCCCACUGCCCUGCGUGGUGCCCUGCGCAGGAUUGCGUUGUCAUUCUUGCUGCGUAGCUGCAUAUCAUUUGCAUACGUCGGUAACAUCAACACCCCAUGGACGGGGAUUGACAGUGGGCGUUGGGGAAAGAGGGAGAUGAAUGAACACCCCGUAGAUGCUCAACUCUCCAAACUCGUCGAGUUUAAUGAGAGGGUUGACAUGGUAUUUCAGAGUACCACCAUGUGA